AUGAACCAGAUUUUUAAUAGUAACGGGACUAUAGUAUGUCGAAAUAUUCCAACUGAUAUCAAUCGAUUUGAAAUAACAGAAAUAUUUAAUAAAUAUGGUCCACUGUUGGGUGAUGGCAUAUAUUUUGGAAAAAAAAAUAGUAACACAUUUUUUAUAAAAUAUGUUAAUUUCAAGGAUGCUGUAAAGGCUUAUGAAAGCUUGAAAGACAACAAAAGUUCGGAAUAUGAUUUUAAAGUAAGCUUAAGCAAAAGCGACGAAAUUAAAUACAAGGCAAUAAAAGGUGAUAAAAAAUCACUAGAAGAGUUGAAAAAUGUUUAUAAAAAUAAUGAUCAAAUAAUAAUUACUGAAGAAAUGAGAAACGAAUUUAUUAAUGAAAUAAAUGAAUAUGUCCCUGAAUUUUCAAAAAAAAAACGAGAAGAUCCCGAAAAAAAAAAAGAUAAAUCUUUUAUUUUAAACCUCUUGACAAAAGUUGAUGAACCUCGGGAAAACGAACAAGACAACAAGCUAAAAGAAGAACUGAAAAAUUACCUAAACUUAAAUUGCUUAUGUGCAUAUAAUUUUGACGAAAAUAAUAAACUUGAUAACUAUCUGAUUCCUACAUUUCCAAAUUAA